GAUCCACUCGAGAGCGCGCAGGAGCCUCACACACACACACACACUCAUUAGUACACUUGAGGAGGUGUGCUUUAGUGUUUGAGCGUCUCAUUGAGGAGAUUCCCGUUCGGAUGAGGCGCGGUUCGAGCGGAAUAAGCGGCGGCGGGCUUUGAUGAGGAUGAGGAUGAUGAAGAGCGCGAGGCACCUGUGAUCACGUUCAGCAUCAGUCACUGAGAUGUUCAGCUCCGCCAGCACUAUGACCGAUGGAGAUUACGACUAUCUGAUCAAACUCCUGGCUCUCGGGGACUCCGGAGUGGGCAAGACCACCUUCCUCUACCGCUACACCGACAACAAGUUCAACCCCAAAUUCAUCACCACCGUGGGCAUCGAUUUCAGGGAAAAGAGAGUGGUUUAUACCACAAACAGCCCCAAUGGAACCACUGGAAAGACGUUUAAGGUUCACCUGCAGCUCUGGGACACGGCGGGACAGGAGAGGUUCAGGAGUUUGACCACAGCGUUCUUCAGGGAUGCGAUGGGUUUCUUGCUCAUGUUCGAUCUGACGAGCCAGCAGAGCUUCCUCAACGUCAGGAACUGGAUGAGUCAGCUCCAGGCUAAUGCGUAUUGUGAGAAUCCAGAUAUUGUUCUCGUGGGUAAUAAAGCCGAUCUGAACGACCAGAGAGAAGUCCAGGAGAAACAAGCAAAGGAACUAGCGGACAAAUACGGAAUUCCCUACUUCGAGACGAGUGCGGCGACCGGCGCGGAGGUGGAGAAGUCCGUGGUGACGCUGCUGGAUCUGGUGAUGAAGAGGAUGGAGCAGUGUGUGGACAAACCUGCGGCGGACGCACACAACACUGACGGCAGCAGCAAACUGGACGCCGCAGCGGCCGACGAGAAGAAGUGUGCGUGUUAAAGCAGCGGGAUCUCAGAGCAUCCUCCUGACCUCCUGUAUUACAGAUGUGUGUGGACCCCUCCAAGAGUCUGUGAGAGCUGUGCUACUGCCUCGUCAUCUUUAACAACCCGUCCAAAUUUAGCCCAGAUUAUUACUGUCAGCAAAUGCAUCUGAAAUAUUCAUAUAGAGGUCUUAGCUCAGAAACUCACACUAAAA